UUCUGCUUGACUGGAGGUGUACUCGCGGCAUCCUUGGCUGCUUUCUGCUACUACAGUGGAUUGAACUGCAAUUAAUUGACUUUGGCUGAUCAAUUGCUGUGCCAGGCUGUCCAUACUCCCUAAUCGAUAUACUAGAAUUCAUACCAACCCCACAAUGGCUACCCAUGCAGUUGCUCUCGCCUGGAGAUCCGCAGGCCGCAGGGCUCCAGCUCUUCCCUCUCUCCGUGCCACUCAACGGACGUCCAUCCUCCACAGGGAAUCACUCCUCCGUCAAGUCCGCUAUUCCUCGGAUGCGGCAUCCCAGACGAAAGAGGCAGCCAAGGAGACCACCGCACAGGUUACGGAAACAGUGAAAGAGACCCCCAAGAAGGCCGGACGUAAGCUCAAGCGGACCAUCCUCGGCACCUCUCUCGCCCUCACUCUCCUGGUCAGUUACAUAUACGGAACGGAUACCAGAGCUAGUGUGCACCGCUACGGUGUCGUUCCCUUGGUCAGGCUGCUUUAUCCCGACGCGGAGGAUGCGCAUCACUUCGGAGUGGAUAUUCUGAAGACGCUGUACAAGUACGGCCUGAACCCGCGGGAGCGCGGCGACCCGGAUGGCGAUGGCUCGCUCGUGACUGAGGUCUUCGGCUACACCCUAUCCAAUCCCAUGGGUAUCUCCGGCGGUCUCGACAAGCACGCUGAAAUCCCCGAUCCCCUCUUCGAAAUUGGCCCGGCCAUCGUUGAAGUCGGCGGCACGACUCCCCUCCCUCAAGAGGGCAACCCUCGUCCGCGCGUGUUUCGCCUACCCUCCCAGAAUGCCAUGAUCAACCGCUACGGCCUCAAUUCCAAGGGCGCUGACCACAUGGCCGCCAUUCUUGAGCAGCGUGUGCGCGAUUUCGCCUACGCCAAUGGCUUUGGCGAGCAUGACCUCGCCGAACAGCGUGUGCUGAACGGCGAGGCCGGCGUUCCCCCGGGCAGUCUCCGCGAGGGAAAGCUCCUGGCCGUUCAGGUGGCCAAGAACAAGGCGACACCCGACUCGGAUAUUGAAGCCAUCAAGCGGGACUACGUGUACUGCGUGGACCGUCUCGCCAAGUAUGCCGACAUCCUCGUCGUCAAUGUCUCCAGCCCUAACACCCCUGGUCUUCGCGAUCUCCAAGCCGCCGCACCCCUCACCGCAAUCCUGAAGGCCGUUGUCGGCGCUGCCAAGAGCGUCGACCGGAAGACCAAGCCAUUCGUCAUGGUCAAGGUCAGCCCGGAUGAGGACUCCGACGAGCAGGUCUCCGGUAUCUGCGACGCUGUCUGGGGCUCUGGCGUCGACGGUGUGAUUGUCGGCAACACGACGAACCGCCGUCCCGACCCGCUGCCCAAGGGCUUCACCCUCCCCUCGAAAGAGCAGACAGCCCUGAAGGAGACGGGCGGGUACUCUGGUCCUCAGCUGUUCGAUCGCACCGUUUCCCUGGUGUCCCGCUACCGGUCCCUCCUGGACGCCACCGCCCCGACCACAUCCAAGGUGAUCGAGGCACAAGAAGCAUCCGCCACCGCAACGAAGGCCGAGCCGGACAUGGAGAACCUCCCCCCAGUUGAAGCCCCCAGCGCAUCGGAGGUGCUUCCUCGGAAGGUGAUCUUCGCCUCCGGCGGCAUCACCAACGGCCAGCAGGCCAAGGCAGUGUUGAACGCGGGCGCAUCCGUCGCAAUGAUGUACACGGCGAUCACCUACGGUGGUAUGGGCACGGUCACCCGCGUGAAGGAUGAGCUGCGCAAGGAGCAGCAGUAGGUCAGCACCAAAUGAAGUAAGUAACCAAAAGGAGUGACCGGUUGAUGGUGUAGGGAGUAUUAGGACGUAGAUGGGAUAUUGUAAAUAGGAGAGUAUUCAUUCAUAACUGGAUUAC